UGCGAGUGAGGUUAUAUUUGAGGUGAAAUCGCUGGCAUAAUGUUUUAGAAUUUUAUUUAUUAUCGUGUGUUUUGAAGUGUGGAAAAUUGUCGAAAAUCAUGGGCACAAGCUGCUUUUACUGUGGAAAAACUGUUAAUAGCAAAGGAUAUAGAUGUUUUCACAAGUUUCCAAAAGAUCCCAAACAAAAAGAACUAUGGUUGCAUCAUAUGGGCUUGGAAGCCGAUUUUGAAAUUUCCAAGGAGUCGAGAUUGUGUUCCGAUCAUUUUCUAAAUAAUUGUUUCACAAAAAAUAAUAAUGAUAGAAUGCGACUUCUAUCUGCAUGUGUACCAACUGUAUUUGGAAGGUUUCAUCUUAAAUGUCUCUGUUGUGAUAAUAUUAAAAGACGUGGAUCCGAUAAAUCCUUUCGAAAGUUUCCUGUGAAGAACGAGGUGCUUCUAAAGAAAUGGAAAGAAGCUAUUGGGAUAGAAAAUUUGUAUCCUGAUGAAAGAAGUCUCAUUUGUGAUGAUCACUUUAAGAGGACAUGUUUUUAUCUAGGGGCUAAUGGUUACGUGGGCCUAAAGAGCAAUGCAGUUCCAACUAUAUUUUUGAAAAGCAGUUCUGAGGAUGAUAAUGAAACUAUUACGAUUACAGAGACUGAUGGAUCAAAUAAAGAAACUGACGGAUUAAUUAAAGAAAGCGAAGUUACACUUUCAAAUGCCUCUAAUGAAAAUUUCAGUUUGACAAGCAAGAGAAAUAGCGAAAACUCGAUUCUAACUAUAAAAAACAGAAAACGCUCAUCUGCAGAAGAAUUGCCAGAUCCAAAACAUUUAAAGUUAAUUGAAGAUGAAGGUAGCAAAUCUGUAAUUUAUGAGAUCGACUCACUCAAUAACACUGAUAUCAGCCAUUAUCAAGAAGAAGAUAACACAACAGUAGAAGCUACUGCAUCUGAUACGUCUAUAAAGUAUUGUGAUGAGGAACGCAGCUACCUUCUCUUCUGCUUUAUCUUGUCCCUCAUUGUUUGGCUUUUUGCUUUUGUGUUACCAAAUCUCAGGACAAAAAUCUCCAAAUCUGUCGACUCUAAGGUAAUCGAUAAUGAGGCCGAGAGUCCUAAUAUCAGUGAGAAGUUGUCUAGUCAAAGCGUUGAAAAGGCACCUAAAGUUCCAAGCACUCUAGGACGCAUUGAUAUCUUAAAACACGAUCACCAUUACAGUGCCACUCCAAUAGAUUUUAAGAGGCGUUAUCAUCUUGUUCGACGAAAGCUGAAAAAAGUUAGGACUCUAUCGAAGGCACAAACGCAGCAUAUUGUCCGUCUUAAGCGGAAAAUUGCAGCACUCUCUGAGAUAGUAAGCAAGUUACAUCUCAUCAGAACGGGCAACAAAAAUCGAACGAGUUUGAAUAGUUAAUAUAUUAAAAAUCAAAACAUAUUGCAAACUGCACUGGCCGAAAUAUUGUUUAAUAAUUGAGAAAAAGCAGUUAAUCAGUGAAUGUAAAUACGGCAACAAUGUUAAUAAGGAAUACGGGUCAUCGGGAAAAAACUGAGUCUGGCACGAGACGAAUUUUUGUAUACCUGGAAAAACUUGAAAAUGUCAGGCAAUUUUUUCGAGACCGUGCUUCAUUUUCUUUUAAAUUGCAAUAUAAAAUUAAAUAACAAUGAUUCUUUAUUUAUGAAUUAAAGUAGCUUUAUA